UAUUCUUGAUCAACGUGAAAUUGAGUUAUGUGAUGUAUGUUCAAGCAUCGCAAAAGGUCGAAUAAUGGUUUUUUGUACUAAACUUCAGCAAAACUUGUAUGUAAAUAAAUAAAUGUGUAUGGAAACAACUUUCUUAGUAAAUCCCAUCUUACGAUCAAUGCUUGUACACACAUACAUAUGUACACCUGUACGAUCGGCACCUUUUAUCGUAAAAAUACUGCAAAUGAAUUUAAAUAGAAAAUUUCAUUACACGCAGUUAAUUGCAUGAGCAGAACUCUCAAUACUACUCAAUCAACAUAUGAUUUUGUUAUGCUUCUUCAACAAUUCACUUCCUAAUAAGUACACUUACACAAACUGCACACGUUGAAAAAUCAAAAUUUCAUAUAUUUUAGGUCCAUAGUUGAGAAAAUUUUUCCCGGCGCAGCUGUUUUUCAAGGAAAUUCCUUAAUUUAAGAAAGGAGUGCGGAUUAUCUUAUAUUUGAGCAAUAUUUUAUGACAGUCUUCUGUUCUACCGUGUAAAUAAAAAAUGUGGGGUGACACAAUUUUAAUCGUAUUUAUCUCUAUUUGCACCGCAUUUUUGGGAGAAGGUCUGACUUGGCUAUUGGUAUAUCGCACUGAAAAAUAUCAAAAAUUGAAAAGUGAAGUAGAAAAGCAAAGCAAAAAAUUAGAACGACGUAAGGAAAUCCAUGGAGAAUCUUUGGAUAAAUCGCAGAAAAAAAAAAUUGAACGUGAUGAGGAGAAACUUAAAAACAAUAAUCGUGAUCUUUCUUUGGUUAAGAUGAAAUCUAUGUUUGCUACCGGCUUUGCUUUCACCGCACUUUUGAGUAUGUUUAACAGCAUUUUUGAUGGCCGCGUUGUGGCUCAGUUGCCGUUUACGCCCAUCUCUUGGAUUCAAGGGUUAAGUCAUCGCAAUUUGUCGGGCGAAGAUUAUACGGACUGUUCGUUUAUUUUCCUCUAUAUAUUGUGUACUAUGUCUAUAAGACAAAACAUACAGAAACUUUUAGGCUUUGCUCCUUCAAGGGCAGCGAGUAAACAAGGGGGCGGAUUAUUUGGACCGACGCCGGCGCAAUUUAAGUAAUCAUCAUAUAAAAUAAAUAAAAUCUUGUAUUUAAAUAUUAUUCAAUAUAUGAAAACGGUAAAUUAUU